CACCAGCUCGUCCUCGCCGCGCCCCGUAACCCGUCCACUCGUUCAUUUCUACGCCAUGAAAUCCAUCGCUGUUAUACCCGUGUUCGCCGCCGUGGCACUGGCCUCUUCUUCUGCCCUCAUUCCUUCAGGCAUCAGCUCUGGCUGCUCAAAUUUCUUGACGACCUUUAACAACGACUCGAGCCUUGCCACCUGUACCGCUCCUCUCAUCGAGGCAACGUCGCAAUUUGGCCCCAGCGCAAACAGCAGCUCGAGCCCGAGCACGUCCGCUGUCGAGAGCGCACUCAGCAGUCUCUGCAGCUCGUCCUCAGCAUGCUCUUCCACCACCAUCCGUUCGCAGCUUGCCGCGUUCUAUGCCGCUUGCACAAGCGAGCUUACCACUAACAAGAAUGGCGCCGUCCUGCGCACGUAUGACGUGCUGUACUCGAUCAUCCCGCUCUCCGAGGCGAUGUGCUCCAAGAGCGAUACUGGCUCGUACUGCGUGUUGGACAUCGCGACGACCGGCAGCAACUCUACGGGCACCGACGACUCCAGCUCGUCGUCCGGCUCCAGCUCUUUCUCCGAAAUGGCGUCUAACCUUUGGACCUCUGCCACAAGUGCCGCAUCGCCUGCUUCCAAGCGCGACUCCUCGCAGCAGACGAUCUCAAUCGUCCCCAACGUGACCACUUUCAACCAAUACAACAUCCUGUUCCUAUUCCUCUCGCCCAAUGGAACGACGGGCAACACGUGCACGUCUUGCGCACGGAACGUCCUCACGUCGUACAUUUCGUUCGAGUCGACUGUUCCCUACGCACCGGGUAUGUCCGCGAGCACAAUGCUCAGCGGACAGGGCGCGCUGUACUCGGCGGUCCAGAAAUUAUGCGGCGCUAGCUUCCUGAGCGGUGCAGCCCAAGCUGCUGGCGAGUUGUCGGGCGGUGUUGUCCACAGCUCCAGUGCAAUCAAGACCGCGGCCGGCAGCGUUGCUGCCGGUGGUGUCAUGCUCGGCGCGGCGGCACUAUCGCUGUUUGCUUUGUUCUAAGGGGGAGGUGUGCGGGAAAGUUGAAGAGAAAGGAGGAUUUCCGCCCUGGCACGUUUGUUUUUGCUGUGCGUUUGGUGCAUGUAGCCGUGAGCUGCUUUUUCUCUUUCACACUACCUAUACCCUGUGCCGUCUACAUCACGGACCUGAAAUAGCUGCCACUUAAUAGCAUUGUUGCGAUCUCUAUGUU